CCUCGCCAAUGAAUGGGGCUGCUGGCGCGCUACAAACGCACGCUGGGCGGAAAACGGAACCGGACCGAGAGCUGCACCGCCCUUGUUUGUGCCGAUCGCCUCUGGGGGUCCACGCCUGCCCUGCAAGAAGCCCAAGGACUUGUUGGAUCCUGGCUGGUGCAGCCACUCUUACACUUCCUCCAGCAUGCUGGGUGCAGACCUACGGCGAGGACGUAGACGCCUUUCCUCCAGCCUUCAGGUCCCACCAUGGAAGGCCGUGGACAGAGCACGCUCACCAGAGCCAGACAAUGUCCAAAGGCCAACUACCCUGCCACUACGAAUCCCUCCCCGAAUUUCUAUCACCCAUGCUGACCCAGACAGCUUCGAGGUGGAGAAUGGCCCGUCACCUGGGCGCAGCCCGCUGGAUUCCCAGGCCAGCCCAGGCCUGGUGCUUCACCCCAGCUUCCCACAGAGCCAGAGGCGCGAGUCCUUCCUGUACCGUUCGGACAGCGACUACGACAUGUCGCCCAAGACCAUGUCACGCAACUCGUCCAUCGCCAGCGAAGCACAUGCUGAAGACCUCAUAGUGACACCAUUUGCACAGGUAUUGGCGAGUUUGAGAAGUGUGCGUAGUAAUUUCUCCAUCCUGGCAAAUGUGCCCACGCCAACUUCCAAUAAGAGGUCCCCCAUGGGCAGCCAACCGACUGUUUGCAGAGCCACACUCUCAGAAGAAACAUACCAGCAACUGGCCCGAGAGACCUUGGAAGAGCUUGACUGGUGCCUUGACCAGCUGGAGACCAUCCAGACCUACCGCUCUGUCAGUGAGAUGGCAUCCAACAAGUUCAAAAGAAUGUUGAACCGUGAACUAACCCACUUCUCUGAAAUGAGCCGCUCUGGAAACCAGGUCUCUGAAUACAUUUCAAACACCUUCUUAGACAAGCAGAAUGAUGUGGAGAUCCCAUCCCCAACACAGAAAGAGCGGGAGAAGAAGAAGAAGCAGCAACCAAUGUGCCAGAUCAGCGGCGUCAAGAAACUCAUGCACAGUUCCAGUCUGACCAAUUCGAGCAUCCCUCGCUUUGGGGUCAAAACCGACCAAGAAGAGCUACUCAGUAAGGAGCUGGAAAACCUAAACAAGUGGGGCCUUAACAUUUUCCGGGUCGCCGAGUACUCCAACAAUCGGUCGCUCAGCUGCAUCAUGUAUACAAUAUUCCAGGAAAGAGACUUGCUGAAAACUUUCAAGAUCCCUGUGGACACGUUAGUUACAUACAUCAUGACGCUAGAAGACCACUAUCAUGCCGACGUGGCCUACCACAACAGCCUCCAUGCAGCUGACGUCACACAGUCCACGCAUGUCCUCCUGUCCACGCCAGCCUUGGAUGUAAGUUCCAGCCCUGUGGCCGUCUUCACUGAUUUGGAGAUCCUGGCUGCAAUAUUUGCUGCCGCCAUUCAUGAUGUGGACCAUCCUGGCGUCUCCAACCAGUUUUUGAUCAACACCAAUUCGGAGCUGGCACUGAUGUACAAUGACGAGUCUGUGCUGGAGAACCAUCACCUAGCUGUGGGCUUCAAGCUGCUACAAGAGGAGAACUGCGACAUCUUCCAGAACCUGAGCAAGCGGCAGCGGCAGACCUUGCGCAAGAUGGUCAUUGACAUGGUCCUGGCUACCGACAUGUCCAAACACAUGAGCCUCUUGGCUGACCUUAAGACAAUGGUGGAGACCAAGAAAGUGACCAGUUCAGGGGUGCUGCUGCUGGACAACUACACCGACAGAAUACAGGUCUUGCGGAACAUGGUUCACUGUGCGGAUUUGAGCAACCCCACGAAGCCACUGGAGCUGUACCGGCAAUGGACAGACCGGAUCAUGGAGGAGUUCUUCAGACAGGGUGACAAAGAACGGGAGCGGGGCAUGGAGAUCAGCCCCAUGUGCGACAAGCACACGGCCUCUGUGGAGAAGUCGCAGGUGGGAUUCAUCGACUACAUUGUGCACCCGCUGUGGGAGACAUGGGCGGACCUGGUCCACCCUGACGCACAAGACAUUUUGGACACCCUCGAGGACAACAGGGACUGGUACCACAGCAUGAUCCCACAGAGCCCCUCCCCACCUCCAGAUGAUGCGGAGAAGGAUGAGGAGGCCUGUCUGGAGAAAUUCCAGUUUGAACUGACCCUGGAGGAGGAGGGCGAGGACUCGGAACAGUCGGACAAAGACCACAGCAGCCCUGGUGAUGAGGACAACAGCUACUACACCGCCACAGAGGAACACCCACACGAGUCCCUGGAAGGGCAGGACAGACUAACGGACGACACAGUGAAUGACACGUCUCCGGGCGCGUCAUGACUGUGGGGAAGGGACAGUUGAGAAAGCAAAACACACACACGGAAAGUUUUCACGAGGGAGGGCGGGGAUAAAAAAAACAGGAAAAAUUCAUUUUUUUAUUUUUAUUGUAUUUUUUAUAAAAAGAAAAUCAACAAAAAAAAGGGAACAUACACAGCAACUGUAGAACCAGGUUGGCCCAAGCAGGGGUAGCAGCCUGCUGCUGCAGUGACCAGCCCAAGCACUCCAGAAAUAACGUUAUCAUCAGUUUGCUUUUUUGUUUUUCAGUGUUGCUGGCUUUUUUGUUGUUUUAUUUUGCUAACUUUUUUUUUUUUUUAAAGACUGAAGCAACCAUGAACAGGAGGAGGAGGAGGGUGCUGGUGAUGAGAGAUAGCGGGAAAGCAGAUGGGCUUGGUAGGGUUUUUUUUGUGUUAAUGUAUUUUAAGCCAUUUUUAAAAACAAGCAGAGACACUGCAGGAUUUUGAACACCAAGAACCAGUAACUGUUUCAACCCCUCUGCUCAUCCUGCUCCCUGGCUUCCGACACACCCUCCUAGUUUGGCUUGUUGGUUGGUGCCUUUCUUCCUUUGUCGACUGCCCAUUUCAGCAUAAACCCUCCUAGCUGGAAAACAGGGUGUUCAAAAAGCCUGGGAGUGAAAGGAGGGACUAAAUGGUUUUGAUUUUUGUAAGUUAUUUUUUUAAGCUAGGGCUAAUUUAUUUUUGUGAGUUUAUAUAGAAUUGGUUUUCUUUUGGACUGAUGAGAAGAAAGAACUUUGCCUUUUUGUGGAAUUUUUUUUUUUUUCCUUUUUGAAAUGGACUUUUAAAAAAAUAUGGUUUGGAAAUGGGAAGUUGUUUUACUCAUGACGCCAUAACAUUCUCCCAGAAGCAAAUGGGAGAAGACGUUUCUUUUAAAGGAAAAAAAAAGGGAACAAGAAAUCAAAUAAGCAAAAUGUUUUAUCUGAGUUUCCAAAUAGCCAAGUCUUCCUCUGUUCAUCAUUUUGCACAAAAAAAAAAAAGGCAAUACGGCCAGGGUUAAAUGGUUACAGCUGGCCAACUUGCUCAGACAGCUCCAUCGGGGGGGUCUCAGGUGUGAGUAUUCCUCUCCCACUGAUGGGGGCAAGAUGGGCAGGUACAAGGAGAGGAGAGAACGGGGUGGGUUUGCAGCCUUCCCAACCCAAGAGAAGAUUAGAGAGAAAUUCUCCAGUGAUGUUUUUUUUAGCACUAAUUUGCAAGUUUACCUUCCUUAUCCCUGCCUUGACACAUGUGGUUUGCUAGCUGAUUAACCUCUGGACUGUAGUACUGCAUUAUUCCUCUCGCUGUUCACAGGUUUGUCAGGCAGGAAAGUCCCAUGUGUUAACCAUUCUCUCAAACACACACACACACAUGCACACACUCACUCACUCGCACACUUUGCACAUGCCUCUAGGCACAGGAAUUUUUCACAGGUGUCUGAAACAAGGAGAGUCUGUAUGAACCAAGCCCGCGGCUUUA